AUGUUGGAACGACACAGUCUUUACUUUGGGAUUUUCCAGCUUAUUAUUUGGGUUGGAGUAGCGAAUGGAGAGUUUUACUCAUCGGUGGACAGUAUGCAGGAUCUGGCACAAGUGGAAGAGGAACUGCUAAAUGCCACGCGUUCGUACUUGGAGUCCCAGCAAAAGCAGCUUGACUUCUACCGCAGGUAUGUGGAGCAAAUAAAACGGGAACAUGAGUGGGCGACAUCGCAGUUGAAACUGGAUGAGUAUCUCGGCCAUCCUUUGCACGCCCUCAGAUUGCUCAAGCGAUUGGUUCGGGAUUGGGAUGCGCUGAUCUUUGAACCCAUAGUGGCCAACGACGCCAGAGAAAAGUUUCGCGCAUUCGUGGAGGUUCUGAGCAGGGACUUGGGCUACCCUGAUCAAUCUGAGCUCCAGGGAGCCAUCAAGGGCUUGGCCAGGCAGCAGAAGGUCUACAAUCUCCCAACCUCGGACUUGGCCGAUGGCAUCAUCAAUGGUUUUCCCUACGAGUCGGAUCUGCAAUGGCGUGAAUGCUACGAAAUCGGAGUGCAGCUCUUCGAUCUUAAGGAGUAUAAGAAAUCCCUGGAAUGGCUGCAAGUGGCACUUAUCCUUCUUCAGAGUAGUUCAAGAACGGAAAAAGAUGCGGAUCACUACGUUGCAGAUAUCCGGGAGUAUGCAUCCAUGGCCAAUUAUGAGUUGGGCAAUCCGAAGAAGGCCGGAAGACUACUGAACCAGAUCCUUGAUAAGCAACCCACACACUCCGCGCAGCAAACUCGAAAGUAUCUGGAGAGCAGGGAGCCGGGGAAGAAUGUCCGGGAGACGAACCCCUCGUGGUUUGCCAACUACACGAGGCUAUGCCAGGGCAGAAGAUUACCCGAGGAGCGAAGUGGUAAUCCCUUGAAAUGCUACCUGGAUGGAAAACGCCAUGCUUACUUCACCCUGGCGCCACUGCAAGUGGAGCCGGUGCACCUGGAUCCGGACAUCAAUGUCUAUCACGGCAUGCUGAGCUCCAAGCACAUUCAGUCCAUCUUCGAGGAGGCAGACAAGGAGGAGAUGGUUCGGUCCGCCGUUGCAGGAGAUGGUGGAGCACGCACCGUGAAGGAUCUGCGGGUCAGUCAGCAAACCUGGCUGGACUACAAGUCGCCGGUGAUGAAGUCCGUGGGUCGGAUCAUUGAGUUUGUAUCCGGAUUCGAUAUGGCCGGAGCCGAGUUUAUGCAGGUGGCCAACUACGGCGUUGGAGGGCAGUACGAGCCGCAUCCGGACUACUUUGAGGUCAAUCUGCCGGAGGAGUUCAUUGGAGAUCGCAUCUCCACCAGCAUGUUCUAUCUCUCUGACGUGGAACAAGGUGGUUAUACCGUCUUCACCAAGCUAAAUGUGUUCCUGCCACCUGUGAAAGGAGCUCUGGUCAUGUGGCACAAUCUGCAUCGAUCCCUGGAUGUGGAUGCUCGCACUUUGCACGCCGGCUGUCCAGUCAUCGUGGGUUCCAAACGGAUUGGCAACAUUUGGAUGCACUCGGGCUACCAGGAGUUCCGUCGUCCUUGCGGCCUCACCUCAGAUAGCUACAAGUCAGUUGGCUAUCGGGAUUAG